AUGUAUGCUUCUCUAGAUAAUGCUAAUUCCGAUGAAUCUCUAAGCGAAAAGGACAAAACUUUGAAGCUGUUACGUACAAAUUACCAUAACCUGACUGCUACAGAAUUCGAAACACUUUUUGAAACGAAGGAAGUCAAUUUGGAAUUAGGUGAGACAAAGUUUUCGUACAAUAUGACAGCUCCUUAUGAUAGUAUGUAUUGUGAUGGCAUGGAGAUGGUAGUGUAUAUCAUGACAACAAGUGAGGCAGAGUCAUUUGGGAGGAGGCAGACGAUACGGCAGAUUAUUAGGAACACUGUGAGUUCCACUUCAAAAUUAAAAAAUUUCAAAAAUUUUUUACCUCUCCCCUUUACCCCACCCUCUUAAAAUACUACUUCUCAGUUCAUACUUGAACUGCCGCUCCUAAAUCCUAACAUAUCAUAGUACAUGUACAUAUAAAAAAGCACACAUUAUAUCAUAUUAUCCAUGCCAUUUCCAGACCAAUCGAUUAGUGACAUUUCGUUUCUUCAUUGGCAAUUCCAAGUCCUUGAACUUCAACGUCCUAAUCUCAGAAAUGCUCACUUACAAUGACAUAGUCUACUACAACCACGACGACUUUUACCGUGAAACCCAUGUGAAAUGGAACAGUAUGCAUGAUUACCACAUGACCUUUUGCCCCAAUGUAAAAUAUUUUUUAAAAAUGGAUGAGGAUGUCACAACAGAUUUUGAGCGACUAUUCUACUGGAUUGAACAUGAAUUUGAUGGACUGACAAUCAAUGAAACAGAGUAUUUUAUAUGUCAUGAGAUAUACCAGUGGCCGCCGACUAGGGAGGAGGGGGAUAGAUGGUAUGUUUAUUACGGAGUAGGGCGAUAGAUAAUAGGUUCUGGGAUUGAAGGUACUGGCUUUGCUAUUAGGUUGUUCAAGAAAUUCUGUGCACCUCUCAAAGCAAAUUUUUAAAGUUGUCGGGCACAGAAUUAUUUGAACAACCUUUACACCCUCAAACUCCAACUUUCAGGUACAUUUCAUACGAAGAAUUCCCAGAACCUUACUGGCCUCCUUACUGUUUCGGCUACUUCGUACUAACCACAAAUGACACAAUAAAAACCAUCGCUGAAGCUGCCAAAAACGUGGACCUUGUCCACAUGGAUGACGCCUUCUUCACUGGCAUAGUACGACGAGAAACUGAAGUCAAAGUUCUUCAUUGGCGUGGCUUUUUCCAUGUACCUGAUCAUGUAAAAUACGAGUGUCCGGAAGGUUCUUUACCGUACUUUACAGCUGUGCACAAUACCAAAGACCGAGAUACUGUAGAGACAUGGGCAUCGGAGCUUCAGGGAACCGAAUGUGAUACUGUCAUUUAUGAAUUGUCAGAUGAAGAUCUUACUGAAGAAGUUAAUUUGAGCAAAUAA